CAGCUUUCACAAUGUUUGUCAAUUUUACAUACACAGACAUCUUAACGCCUUAACCGCUUGGUAGUUUGUUCCAGAAGCAUUACAAUCUUCACACGGAGAGUGUAAAAGAGGAUGAACAGAAAAGGAUUGGCGAUUUUGAUGAGAGCAAAGAUGAAACCUGCCGACCCAAGCAAGUUUUCCAUCCCUGCUAACGAAGCUGGUCGGAUUCUAGCAGAGUCGAGAAUUGAGAAUGACCAAUCCGAUGAACAUCAAACGCGAGGAGCUCGAGAGGAGCUUGAAAGAACAUCGAUUCAGACUGAGAGAGAAUUGAAGCUGGUACAGGAAUCUAUGCACUCGGCCAUUUCUAUGAACAAAACGGAAGUCUUAGAUGGGAUUAUGAGCGAUUUCUCUGAGGGUUACUUUAGUCUCUCGCAUGAUAACCGCCGGAAACUGCUUCUUGUACUCGCCAGAGAUUAUGAUGUCAGUAGGACUCAAGUUCGUGAAUUGAUACGGAAAUAUGUUGGUCUUGAGCUUCCAGAUGGUGACUUUCGUUCUGAUAAUUCAUUAUCUUCUUCUUCCGUGAAAGUGGGUUGUAAUGGAAAUUGUAUGGUUUCAGGUGACAAAGCUAAAUCAUCUGACAUUGACGAAGAGGGCUUGCUCUGUGCUCUGUAUAGAACUGAGAGAAAUCUGAGACACGCUCUCCAGCCAAUGUACGAAGUUCUCUUCGAACGGCUCAAUACCCACCCCGGAGGUUUGAAGUUCUUGACUAUUCUUCGGGCUGACCUUCUUGCAAUGCUUGCGAAAGAAAAUAAUGCCUCUUUGCGGGCACUGGAUUCCUAUUUAAAAGAGAAGCUGGUUACAUGGCUUAGUCCUGCUGCAUUAGAGCUUCACCGUAUUACAUGGGAUGAUCCAGCAUCUUUGCUGGAGAAGAUUGUGGCAUAUGAGGCUGUACAUCCAAUCAGUAAUCUUAUCGAUCUGAAAAGAAGGCUGGGUGUUGGUCGUCGUUGCUUUGGAUAUCUACAUCCUGCAAUACCUGGUGAACCCCUUGUUUUUAUUGAAGUUGCUCUUCUAAAGGAUGUGGCUCAGAAAGUACAGGACGUUUUGCAUAAUGAUCCUUCCACACCUGAAUUUGAAGCGAAGUGUGCAUUGUUUUACUCUAUAUCAUCAACACAGCCAGGCUUAUCGGGAAUCAACCUUGGAAAGUUUCUUAUUAAACGAGUUGUUGAACUGCUGAAAAGAGACAUGCCAUAUAUUUCAACAUUUGCAACACUUAGCCCUGUGCCAGGAUUUUUGCCAUGGCUCCUUUCCAAGUUGGCAUAUCAAUCAAAGCUUACUGAAGCAGGUACUGAAGAUGCAGCCCAUUCAUCAGCAGGGGGAUUGGUUUCUACUUUCAGGGAGAACAUACUUAAGCCAGAUGAAGAAAGAGUGCUGUUAGAAUUGGGGGGAUUUGGUGCUGGGAAAUAUGGCAUGGAAGUGAUGUUGAACCUGCUGACUUCUACAAAACAUGAGUGGGUAAGCUCUGAUACACUGUCGUCAGUAUUACAAGCCCCUCUCAUGCGAUUGUGUGCCAGGUACCUUUUUCAAGAGAAAAAGAGAGGUAAAGCUCUAGAUGCUGUUGCAAACUUCCACUUGCAGAAUGGAGCGAUGGUUGAGAGGCUGAAUUGGAUGGCAGAUCUAUCAGAAAAAGGCCUUCACCAAAGUGGAGGUAUCAUGGUAAACUAUGUCUAUAGGCUGGACAAAAUUGAGGAGAAUGCUCAGUCAUAUUUUAGCACAGGGCAUAUAGAGGCUUCUAGUAAAUUUCGUUGCCUUCUUGAGGAGCCUUCCCUGUCUUCAUUAUAGCCUUUAUUGUUGGCUCUACUUUGCAGCUGAAUGCGGAACAAGAAGAGCAUUAAGAACAACAGGUUAGAGGAUUACAGGAGAAGGAAGUUCUUGCUUGUUUUACAGCUCAAAUAAAUUCAUGAUUUUGUACGUAUACCUAGCUUAAAAAUAGAUCCACAAAAUGGCAAACCAGAGUAUCUGGUGAGAUAACUGACAUUUUCACCAUUCUUCUCUUGCUCAGCAUGCCCCUUUCUAUGUUCUUGGCUUCUGAAACCACCCUUAAUUCUUCGGGAAGUAGCAUUCCCUUUCAUAAGGUUGAAAAGAUAUUGCAAUCUUGUAUUUGUACCAUUUGUAUUGUUCCAAAAUAAGGUUCCCCUCGUGCUUGCCUAUUUGGCUUUUGUGUUGUA